AUGCAGGCUAAUAAGCUGCCAAUAAAUCCCCGCGAAUCUGCGGGGAUUUUCUCCGUUUUAAUGUUCUGCUUCGCAUUGCCCAUUCUCUUCAAGGGCAGAAAAAAGACUCUAGAGCCCACCGAUCUUUAUACGACUUUAAGGGGACACAAAGCGGAUACUCUGGGCGAUAAAUUCUUUGAGACCUGGCAGGCAGAAGUCAAGUCCUGUCGGGAUAAGCCGAAAAAGGAACCGAGCAUUCUAAAGGUCAUACUCAAAGUUUUUGGAUGGAAACUGUUCGUAUCGGGCAUAUUUUGUGGGGUUCUGGAAUUGGGAACGAGAGCUACUUUACCACUCAUUCUGGGAGCUCUGAUAUCCGAGUUUACAAUCAAUGGAAAUGGAGACGGACCUUGGGCUCAAAUUUAUGGAUUAACCUUGAUUAUAACUACACUGAUUUCUGUUCUUAUGUUCCAUCCCUUUAUGAUGGGUAUGAUGCACCUGGCCAUGAAAAUGAGAGUGGCAGUGAGUACGGCUAUAUAUCGAAAAGCCCUCCGGCUAAGUCGCACUGCCUUGGGAGACACAACGACGGGUCAGGUGGUCAACCUUAUAUCAAACGAUUUGGGCCGCUUCGAUAGGGCCCUAAUACACUUCCACUUUCUGUGGCUGGGGCCGUUGGAGUUGCUCAUAUCUUCGUACUUCCUAUACCAACAAAUAGGACUAGCCUCACUUUACGGAAUCGGAAUAUUGCUGCUAUAUCUUCCGAUACAAACCUUUAUGAGCCGACUCACUUCGAGGCUGAGAUUGCAAACAGCCCUAAGAACCGAUCAGAGGGUUAGGAUGAUGAAUGAGAUUAUAUCUGGCAUCCAGGUGAUUAAAAUGUACACCUGGGAGAAGCCCUUUGGCAGGCUAAUCGAGCGGCUACGUCGCAGUGAAAUGAGCUCCAUUCGCAAGGUGAACUUUAUCCGAGGAACUCUUCUGUCAUUUGAGAUUACUCUGGGCAGGAUUGCGAUAUUCGUAAGCCUUCUGGGAUUCGUCCUGAUGGGCGGAGAAUUGACUGCAGAGCGGGCUUUCUCCGUCACCGCUUUCUACAAUAUCCUGCGACGCACAGUGACCAAGUUCUUCCCGAGUGGAAUGUCGCAAUUCGCAGAGAUGAUGGUUACGCUCAGGAGAAUUAAGGGAUUUAUGAUGAGGGACGAGUCUGGAGUUCUGGAACUCGGAGGUGGACAUAUAAAUGGGCUCUUCAAAGAGGAACCCCUAGUGGAAUUGCAAUCCUUUCAAGCCCGCUGGAAUCGGGAGCACACGGAGCCUGUUUUGGAUAAUAUCAACAUUAGUCUUAAGCCACCGCAAUUGGUGGCUGUCAUUGGACCUGUGGGCUCGGGUAAAUCGAGCCUUAUUCAAGCCAUAUUGGGCGAACUUCCUGGUGAAUCGGGAAAGCUUAAGGUAAAGGGAACAAUCUCGUAUGCCUCCCAGGAACCCUGGCUUUUCAACGCCUCCGUUAGGGAUAAUAUUCUAUUCGGUUUGCCCAUGGAUAAGCACCGAUAUCGUAGUGUCGUCAAGAAGUGUGCUUUGGAGAGAGAUUUCGAACUGCUUCAGGGAGAUCGCACUUUUGUGGGCGAAAGAGGAGCCUCUCUUUCCGGAGGUCAGAGAGCCAGGAUCAGUUUGGCCAGAGCUGUUUACCGGCAGGCAGAUACCUAUCUCCUCGAUGAUCCUUUGAGCGCUGUGGAUACCCACGUAGGUCGCCACUUAUUCGAGGAGUGCAUGCGUGGCUAUCUGAGGGAUAAACUAGUGAUCCUGGUGACCCAUCAACUGCAAUUCCUGGAGCACGCCGAUCUCAUUGUGAUCAUGGAUAAGGGAAAAAUAACCGCUGUUGGGACCUAUGAGGAAAUGCUCAAAAGCGGCCAGGACUUUGCCAAGCUUUUGGCCAAGGAAACCCAGGAGGAAAAGGAAAAUUCGGAUCACGAGCAGGAAAAAGCAGCUGGCGAUGCCAAGGAGGAUAAAUCAAAUUACUCCCGUCAAAGCAGUCGAUUGAGUAGAACCAGUGUCUCCUCAAUGGAUUCUGCCACGGAUUCUGUGCUGGAAGACGAAAGGCAACCCGUUCAGGAAGCGCGUUCCAAGGGAAAAAUUGGGUUGGACAUGUAUGGGAAGUACUUUUCAGCAGGUUCUGGAUGGUUUCUGGUCAUUAUGGGGGCUUUUUUCUGCCUGGCCACUCAAAUUCUGGCCUCCGGGGGAGAUUACUUCCUGUCCUACUGGGUAAAGAACAACGACUCCUCUUCUUCGUUGGACAUUUACAUCUUUAGCGGAAUCAAUAUUGCCCUGGUGAUCUUUGCCCUGCUCCGAACGAUUCUCUUCUUCAGCAUGGCGAUGCACUCUUCCACCCAGCUGCAUAAUACCAUGUUCCAAGGGGUCUCCCGCACGGCCCUCUAUUUCUUCCACGCCAAUCCCUCGGGCAGGAUCCUCAAUCGAUUUGCCAUGGAUCUGGGACAAGUGGAUGAAAUACUGCCUGCCGUCAUGCUCGAUUGCAUUCAGAUAUUCCUCACAAUCACUGGAAUUAUAGGAGUGUUGUGCAUCACAAACCCGUGGUAUUUGGUAAAUACCAUGACCAUGUUCCUGGCUUUCCACUUUCUCCGCAAGUUCUAUCUGAGCACUUCGAGGGACGUGAAGAGAUUGGAAGCGGUGGCCAGAUCCCCUAUGUAUUCGCACUUCAGUGCCACCCUAAAUGGACUGCCCACCAUCAGAGCCAUGGGUGCCCAGGAAUUGCUGACUAGGCAAUACGAUAACUACCAGGAUCUCCACAGCUCGGGAUACUAUACCUUCCUGUCCACAAAUCGUGCUUUUGGCUACUAUCUGGACCUGUUUUGCGUGGCCUAUGUCAUAUCGGUGACCAUAAUGAGCUACUUUUAUCCCCCGCUGGACAAUCCCGGGCAAAUUGGUCUGGCUAUCACGCAAGCUAUGUCCAUGACUGGGACUGUACAGUGGGGCAUGCGACAAUCCGCUGAGCUGGAGAAUUCCAUGACGUCGGUGGAACGAGUGCUGGAAUAUAGGAACCUGGAAUCAGAAGGAGAAUUCGAGUCCCCAGAGGAUAAGAAACCACCCAAAAAUUGGCCACUAGUGGGCGAGAUUAGGGCGGAAGAGCUGAGCCUGCGAUACAACCCCGAUCCCAAGUCGGAUAAAGUAUUAAAGUUACUGAAUUUCGUUAUCCAACCACGCGAGAAGAUUGGCAUUGUGGGAAGAACGGGUGCCGGAAAAUCAUCGCUUAUCAAUGCCCUCUUCAGGUUGUCCUACAACGAUGGGUCCAUGGUGAUAGACGGCAGGGAUACAGCCGAAAUUGGACUUCAUGAUCUGCGAAGCAAGAUCUCGAUAAUACCCCAGGAACCCGUUCUUUUCUCCGGCACCAUGCGCUACAACUUGGAUCCCUUCGAACAGUAUUCCGACGACAAGUUGUGGGAGGCCCUAGAAGAGGUUCAUCUUAAAGAGGAGGUGUCCGAGUUGCCAAAGGGUCUUGAAAGUCUGAUAGCGGAAGGGGGUGCCAACUACAGUGUGGGUCAGAGGCAAUUGGUCUGCUUGGCCCGGGCAAUUCUCCGCGAGAAUCGCAUUCUAGUGAUGGACGAGGCCACGGCUAAUGUCGAUCCCCAAACGGACGCCCUUAUACAGUCCACCAUCCGCAGGAAGUUCAAGGAUUGCACCGUGCUGACCAUAGCCCACAGGUUAAACACGAUCAUAGAUUCGGAUAAGGUAAUGGUGUUGGAUGCCGGCAAUCUGGUGGAAUUCGGUUCACCCUUUGAACUUUUGACGCAGUCCUGGAGUAAAAUCUUUUACGGCAUGGUCUUGCAGACAGGUCGAUCCAGUUUUGAGCACCUUUUAAAGAUAGCACAUCAGGCCCACGAGAGUAAAUUGCUGUCGGAAUAAAAGCCAAAUAUAUCGGUCUGCCAAUAGAUCUUGAUGUUUUUAAAAAUAAUUGUACAUUUUAAAAAUGUUUUAAAAUGA